AUGUUUGGUUGCUUGCUUUACCCUGUUUUCUCCUGGUCUUCACUUCCUCUAAUAAUUCCCACAGGCACACUCGACUGCUACUGUUUAUCUCGAGAAGACCUCGAAAAGGAGCAACUUGCAGGCAUUCCAAACGAAUUUGCGACAAAGCUGGUGAUCACGCUGAUGGGCUUCCUGCUUGCCUUCGUUCUUCUGUGCUUGCUUUUGGUGAUUGUCGUACAGGCAUUCCUCAGCGACAAAGAAGAAAUGCAGCUCUCGGAAGAAAACGCGGCGCCAACGAAAGUGAAAAUUGAUAAAGCACAUUCGCCGUACAUUGUAACGCCGGAGCAAAAACUAACACAGCAGCUGCUCGCCGCUCAGCACCCGAUCACCACUACCAAUACAAAUGACGAGGAAGUCAUUCUUGCUGUGGCCUUAGGGUUCAUUCAAAUGCUGCUUUGA